GCCCUGUAAGCUCUCCCAGGGCAACUGUCAGCUUCCCCGCGGGACGUUUGCCUCCUGCCCAAGGAGAAACGUUCCCUCUGGAGGUUUGGGUGGCCACCAGUUCCCCGACGUCCGUGCCCGGCAGGCUUUUCCGCUGAAGCAAGGAGAGCAGGCCGCACCGCGCCUGUGGGAACCGCAGCCCACGGCCCGCCUCGCCUGCGCCGCCCAGCGUCAGCCACGACCCCUGCCUCAGCGGGCCGCGGCGGAGCCAUGCAAGAAGCCCUAGUGGAAGUGGAGCCCCGGGCUGCGCUGGCCCAGCCUGCCGAGAACACCGUGCCCUGGGAGACCGAGGCCGGGAAAGCCAGGGGAAAAAACCCGCGCUUCAGGAUCUUUACAGCUAGCCUGAUCAAGUUCGGAAGUUUCAAAGAAAGGGAAAGAGACCAGGCUGGGUCCACGGCCCCCAGUAUCCAGAAGGUACGGGAAAAACAGAACGAGAGUUUGGAGGGGCCCUGCGGCUUGGGCUGUAUGGCUUUCCCCCGCUGUCAGCGUUUUAACAACAUCCGUUGCUUCCUGAUUUUCUUCUGCAUCCUGGUCACCUCUCAAUGUAUUAUGUUUGGUCUUGUAGAUCUGAGCACUGACAAUUUUCAGAAGGAGAAUCAUCUGAAAACCACUGAGAAUUUAGUGUUGUCAUUGACCUAUGAUAUUUCAUCUUGCCUAGUAGUAGUGUUUAUAGCAUAUUAUGGCGGGAAAGGAAACAUACCAGGAUGGAUUACAGUUUCCUCCUUUUUAGUAGGAUCUGGAUCACUUUUAUUUGCUUUUCCAUACUUUAGUGGUGGAAAUUAUAAAAUGACAGUAGAAACUGAAGGCCUUGUGGAAGCUGCAGGAAUACUUGGAUAUGCUUUGGGGUAUGCAAUAGGAGCACCCUUAAUUAAGGCCUCUGUGAACAGUACUUUUGAUAAAAGAACAGGGCAGUUGGGAAACCUGACAGCUCCUUGCAAUUCUCAUUGUAAAUGCUCAUCUUCAUUUUAUUCUGCUACAUGUGGAAGAAAUGAUAUUGGAUAUUUUUCUCCUUGCUUUGCAGGUUGUACAUAUUCUAAAACAUUAAAGAAUCACAAGACAUAUUACAAUUGUUCUUGCAUUAAAGAAGGAUUAACAACCUCAGAUAAUCAAGGUGAUUUUAUUGACGCUAGACAUGGGACAUGUGAUUCAAAGUGCUAUAAAUUACCUUUGUUCAUUGCUUUUAUCUUUUCUACAAUUGUAUUUUCUGCUUUUGCUGGUAUACCAAGCAUCCUGACCAUCCUUCGGAUUGUAUCUGACAAACAACGUUCUCUGGCCAUGGGUGUGACCUUUGUGAUUUUGAGAAUAUUUGGGACUAUACCUGGACCAGUAAUUUUUAAAAUAGUAGGAGAAACUUCUUGCAUCCUUCGGGAUACUGAGCGCUGUGGAAGCAUUGGAAGUUGUCGGAUCUAUAACAAGACAAAAAUGGCCUACCUAUUGGCAGGAGUAUGUUUUAUUUGCAAAGUAGUUACUAUCUUCUUCACUGCUAUUGCAAUUGGCCUAUAUAAAUAUUUACCACAGGAAAACAGUGACGUCCUGCCUACAGUUGUGAAGAAUCUAAAAGUUAAAAAAAAGGAAAGAACUGGAUCAUCAUUAUCAGGAUGGCAGAAUAUCUGAGGAUCAGAG